AUAUUAAAUUAAAAACAAUCACACUUUACUGUUAGUGCAGAAGCAGUCAUGGCGCAGUACAAUUUUGAAGGUGAUUUCGCUUGUUUUAGCGAACAUCAACUAGAAUUCAUCAAAAAAGUGAUAUCAGAACAAGACAUUCAACCUAAAAAAGUGGUAUCAGAAGUUGUUGGACAGCCUGGUGAUAAUUUUGUGGGGUUUGUGAAAAGACUGACUAUAGAAGGUGAAAAUGGUAGCAUGAAGAUGAUUGUUAAAGUUGCUGCUUCAUCUGAACUGGCUCGAGCAGCUACAAGUGCUGACAUCACGUUCCGCAAUGAACAUAUCAUGUAUACAGAGAUUUUGCCUAAACUAGUACAGCUGCAGAAAGCAGCCGGGGUCCCAGAAGAGGACUUAUUAAAAUAUGCAAAGUGCUACGGGUCUCUCUACGAACCUCCAAACGAAACUCUAAUCUUAGAGGAUUUGAAUGAAUCAGGUUACAAAAUGUUAAACAAGCAUGAGUCUUUGACAAAUGAGUGUGUCAGAGAAGUUAUGAAAAACUUUGCAUUAUUGCAUUCGCUUUCACAUGUGCUGAAGAAUAAGCAUCCAGAUAAAUACACACAGAUUACAGACAAUAUGAAUGAAGUCUGGACAAGAAUUUUCAACAAAGAAAGAUUUUCAAAUCAAUCGAAGUUUAUUGAGGCUGACGUAAUUUCAGUUCUAGAUGAUGAUUCGCAUAUAGCUUUAAUUAAGGAUAAGCUUGGUGAUUUCAUACAUUUACUGCCUAAGUUGGUGAAUAAUGAGGAUAAGAGGUAUUCAGUGAUUCAACAAGGUGACGCCCAUACUAACAAUUUCAUGUUUAGAGUGGCCAAAGACUCAAUAGACACAAUCAUGAUUGACUAUCAAGGAUCAAAUAACGGAAACCCAGUAGUUGAUCUCCUCUUCAUGUUGCUAAACACUACUGACCAUGCAACAAGGACCAAGCACUAUCCAGAAUGGAUAGACUAUUACCAUUCCGAGUUCGAGAAGUCACUAUCAAACUUCGGCUUAAAGAUAAACUUAAUCUAUCCUAGAGAAAAGUUGGAUGCAGACAUCAAGAGAUACGCUAAAAUGAUGUUCUAUUUCUGUGUAACUUUCAAUACCCUGCUGAUGAGAGAACCUCAAGAGGCUGCAGAAAUGAUGGAGGUGAUGAAGAAUGUUAGUAUAGAUCAAAUGGCCGACUUUCUGAAGUCACAUAAGAUGUUACCUCAGACCAGCAAGCGUAUUAGAAACAGAGUUAUUGGCAUUAUUGAUACUUAUAAACAGUUUGGUUUGUUUUAGAUUAGUGUGAUAUUUUGUGUGUGAUUAAAUUAUUAAUG